AUGGAAAAAUUGGCAAACAACACCCUUGUUCUCCCCCGCCCAGGGACACAGAGGGCCAAUGACACACAAGUAAUCAAGGCCCCAUCCGAAAUGGCCUUCACCACAACAUUCGGCAGUCUACUACCCAAGGCCUCAUACCUAAAGACCCCAAACGGAGUCGCCGCAUACUACUCUCUAAAUCCAAGCUCAAUCUCGAACUCGAGCAAAGUUUCCCAUGUGUUGUUCAUACACGGAGUUCAAACACCUGCAAUCGGUCUCCAGCCACUAGCCACAACAUUAUCAGCGCGCUUCCCCUCCGCGCACUGCGUGCUAGUAGACCUAUGGGGACAUGGAUUGACAGAUACGCCCAUUCUCCCCCACACGCCAGAACUAUUCCACGAUCUGUUAUUAGCAUUGAUGCAGAGACUGGAAUGGAACGAUGCGCAUUUUGUGGGGUACUCGUUCGGCGGGUCGACAACAGCAUCCUUUGUCGCGAAGCAUGCGGAGCGCGUGAGUUCAAUGGUGCUAGUUGCACCUGCUGGAUUGGUGCGCUCGGCGCAGUUUGAUGAGGUGCAACAGGGGUAUUUGCGGGGUGGUGAGGGGGUGGAGGAGCUGGCGCGGGAGUGGAUUACGGAGUGGUUGGAAGGUGGGGAGUUGGUUGUUCCUCAGGAUUGGAAAGAGAGGGUUGCGAGGGGGGAGAUCGUCGCUGAAGCUGUGCGAGAUUGGGAGGUUAGAGUGCAUGAGGGGCAUAUGGCUAGUGUUGUGGGGAUUGUUCGAGAUGGAGGUGUUUUGGAUAAACAUGCUGCUUUUAUUGAGGCAGCGGGAACUGAUACACCGGGUUUGUGUAUCUUGGGAGAGUUGGAUGAUUUGUGUAGUGUGCAGGAUUUGACUGAUGUCGGGAUGAACAACGUUGCUGUUGUUCCGCAGGUUGGGCAUGGCGUUGUUAGACAGAAGGUGUCCGAGGUGGCUGGUCUCAUUGAGAAGUUCUGGUGUCAGCUUUAG